AUGAAACAAAGCACGCAGCAGUCAACCGACGGGCAUAUCCAGCAGGAGCCAGAUCUUGAGCAAAACGCGGGUACAUUAACCUCCGACUUGGACUUGGAGAAGCUCGGACGAGAACGGCCAGCAUGCUUCUCAAGCUUAGGAUCCGAGCUAGCUUUUUGCUUUUCGGUUGUGAUGUCCCAGAUACUGGCGGAAUUCUACAUCACAGGAUCUAAUGUCAUCACACCAACCCUUGUGAAAGAGCUAGAUAUCCCAGAAGCUUCUACGAUAUGGCCAGCAACAGCCUUGUCGCUUGUCGUCACCUCUACAUUGCUCAUUUUCGGUCGCUUGACCGAUAUGUACGGGGCAUAUGCGAUUUACGUUGCCGGUGCCAUCUGGCUCACCAUCUCGUCUAUUCUGUGCGGUGUCUCGCAGACCUGGCUGAUGCUGAUCAUCUGUCGAGCAUUGCAAGGCCUAGCUCUCGCCGCUCUUCUCCCAUCCGGCAUCACUAUCUUAGGUAGCACUUACCGUCCUGGCCCCCGCAAGAAUCUGGUUUUCAGUGUCUACGGCGCCUGCGCCGCUCUGGGAUUCUUCGCCGGUUUCUUCUUCUCCGGCGUCUGCAGCGAGUUUACGACGUGGAGGUGGUACUUCUUCGUCGGCGCCAUUCUAUCUGCAAUCACCGCUGUCUCAUCGAUUUUCUCCAUCCCUCGGGAUUAUUCUGAGAAGCGAAGCUGGGGCAUUCGCAUGGAUUGGAUUGGCCUUGGUCUCUCUGUUCCCGGUGCUACAUUCCUCGUGUUUUCUAUCGCAGAAAGCUCGUUUGCGCCUCAAGGGUGGAAAACACCUUAUAUUCCCCUUUUUCUGAUUCUGGGGGUUAUCCUGUUAGGGAUCUUUACAUAUGUGGAAGGAUGGGUAAUCUCCAAUCCUCUUCUGCACGGGGAUAUUUUCCGCGUGAAGUAUAUGACGCCCUUGACGAUCGCAUUGCUCUGUCUAUAUGGAAGCCUGGGGAUUUUUCUUCUAUAUGGAGUUUUUUACAUGUCCGAGAUAAUGGGUGCAACGCCUCUCCAGAUCGUCGCAUGGACAGUACCAAUGGCGGUCGGAGGCCUGAUCCUCUCCGCGACCGGUGGUUUCAUACUUCACAAAGUCUCCGGAACACUCCUUCUCUUGAUUUCCUGCCUCGGGUACGUAGGAUCCGGGUUGUUAUUCGCCCUGAUCCCCGUGGGUGGAAACUACUGGGCGUAUGUUUUCCCCUCCAUGAUCUGUGGCACGAUUGCGAUCGACAUCAGCUUCAAUCUCGCGAAUAUCUUCAUCACGACUAGCGUGCCGAAGGCUCGACAAGGCAGGCGGGUGCCUUGA